AUGGAUGAGGACGCUCUCGAACAGAAUACACCAUUGAUGAGUCUUAGACAAAUCAAGGCUUGUCUUCAUCUUCUAAUGGGAACUCUUCAACUCCGAUGUGAACAACAAAACAGUGGAGGUGAUCCACGAACGGAAUCGAUAUGCGCACGAGUGUUCCUUAAGAAACGUCUUCGCGAUCUGCCAGAGACCGAGGACAAAAAUGACAAGAUUUAUGUUCUCCGAUCACUCUACAAACUCAUAGAUGCAAACCAUGAAGCCAUCUUUACCAAAAUCGGACAAGUAUCUGGAGAGCUCUCUUUCCUAUCUCAAAUUCAAUGUGAUUCGGAUUUCGAAAAUGUGGAGAAGCAGUUCAUUUGGUCAUGCGACUACCUCUUCAAGACUGGACAACUAGAGGAGCAGUGGAGAGGCGAUUUCAAUGUUCCGGAGACUCCAGAAUUCGAGAUGCCGACUGUCGAUGAGAUGGAUGAAGAGGAGCAAGCAAACUUUGUAUUACAGUCGAAGAUGGAGUUAUGCAGACAACUCGGAUACACUCCAGUGGAGAACGGCCAACAAUAA